AUGAUAGCUUCCAAAAGCUCCUUAUUAGUUACUAAAUCGCGCAUACCCUCUCUAUGCUUUCCUUUGAUAAAGAGGUCCUAUGUGUCAAAGACUCCGACACACUCUAACACGGCUGCUAAUCUGAUGGUUGAAACUCCGGCCGCCAAUGCCAACGGCAAUAGUGUGAUGGCACCUCCUAACUCAAUCAAUUUUCUACAGACACUUCCCAAGAAGGAACUAUUCCAACUGGGAUUCAUCGGUAUUGCGACCUUGAACAGCUUCUUCCUGAACACGAUCAUUAAGUUGUUCCCUUACAUCCCCAUCCCAGUAAUAAAAUUCUUCGUCUCUUCUUUAUACUGUGGCGGUGAGAACUUUAAAGAGGUCAUCGAAUGCGGCAAACGUCUGCAGAAGAGAGGUAUAUCGAACAUGAUGCUUUCAUUAACUAUUGAAAAUUCCGAAGGUACAAAGAGUUUGUCCAGUACUCCAGUAGACCAAAUUGUCAAGGAAACAAUCAGCUCUGUCCACAACAUCCUACUGCCCAAUAUUAUUGGCCAGCUGGAAUCUAAGCCAAUCAAUGACAUUGCUCCAGGUUAUAUCGCUCUAAAACCCUCUGCUUUGGUCGAUAACCCUCACGAGGUUCUGUACAAUUUCAGUAAUCCCGCCUACAAGGCUCAAAGGGAUCAGCUGAUCGAGAACUGCUCUAAGAUUACAAAAGAGAUUUUUGAACUAAAUCAAUCUUUGUUAAAGAAGUACCCUGAAAGAAAGGCCCCAUUUAUGGUUUCCACUAUUGACGCUGAGAAGUAUGAUUUGCAGGAGAAUGGUGUUUACGAAUUACAGAGAAUCUUAUUUCAAAAAUUCAAUCCCACUUCAUCUAAACUGAUAUCAUGUGUCGGUACUUGGCAGUUGUACCUAAGGGACUCUGGUGACCAUAUUUUGCACGAAUUGAAGCUGGCCCAAGAAAACGGCUAUAAGCUUGGGCUGAAACUGGUUCGUGGUGCUUAUAUUCAUUCUGAAAAAAACCGUAACCAAAUUAUCUUUGGCGAUAAAACGGGCACUGACGAAAAUUACGAUCGUAUCAUCACUCAAGUUGUCAAUGAUUUAAUCAUCAAUGGCGAGGAUUCUUAUUUUGGUCACUUGGUUGUCGCCUCUCAUAAUUACCAAUCCCAAAUGCUCGUUACUAAUUUGCUAAAAUCUACCCAAGACAACUCUUAUGCCAAAUCGAACAUUGUGUUGGGGCAAUUACUAGGUAUGGCAGAUAAUGUUACCUAUGACCUAAUUACCAACCAUGGCGCUAAAAACAUAAUCAAGUAUGUCCCAUGGGGCCCACCAUUGGAAACUAAAGAUUAUCUUUUGAGAAGAUUGCAAGAAAACGGGGAUGCUGUGAGAUCUGAUAAUGGCUGGCCAUUAAUCAAGGCCAUAGCAAAGUCGAUUCCAAAAAGAGUAGGCCUAUGA